AUGAAGAAACGCGCAGGUCUUGCGUCCUUCGACAAAGAAGAGACAGACGCGCGCUUCAAGUCUGUUGGCAAUGACAUGAUCAAAAGUCAGCAUGUGCAACUAUCUAAUCAGCUCGAGACCUUUCAGCAGGCGCUAGCUGCCUUUUCUUCGACCCAUUCUGCCAAAAUACACGCCAAUCCAGAGUUCCGUGCAGAGUUUACACGCAUGUGCAAUGUGGUCGGCAUUGACCCACUUUCCUCGUCAGUUCCUAGUGGUCAAGCAGACUGGACAGCUGAGCUCGGCUUGGGUGCUAUCUACUUUGAUCUCGCUGUCCAAGUGGUUGAAGUGUGCCGCCGGACACGGCCAGAAAACGGGGGCAUCAUGAGUGUCGACGCUGCCACCAACGUGCUCAAUGACAAGAACAAGAAGUUUGGUGCUGCAGAAGUCGGAGCAGAUGAUGUUGUCCGUGCAGUACAGAGUCUCGAGAUUCUGGAUUCCGGCUUUGAGGUCAUUCAUGUGGGCUCAAAACAGAUGAUACGAAGUGUGCCAAAGGAACUGAAUGCAGAUCAAUCUACUGUCUUGCAAGCAGCACAAAUUGUUGGCUAUGUCUCGGCAAGUAUGCUUCGGCUCAAUCUCGGUUGGCAAAAAGAGAGAGCAAGGUCUGUUCUCGACGACCUUGUCGGCUCGUCCAUGCUGUGGAUCGAUGAACAGGGCAGAGAAGCAGAGUACUGGCUACCAACAAAUGGAAUUGAUGGCUGA